AUGGUUUUAACCAAAUCGAUACCUAAUGCUCCAAAAGAUACAAGGUCAUUAAAAUUAAAAAAAGAACAUGAGUACGGAACUUUAACAUCUUCAAAAUAUUUAUUAUUAUCACAGCACCCAAUUAACAAGCCAUUAAAAGCACCAGAGGAGUUAAAACCAUCACUCCUAGUUUACACAUUGACAUUGAUUAACUUUUUGAUUUAUAUCGUAAUAGGUCACAUUCGAGAUUUUUUUGGUAAAAUAUUCAAACCUCAUGAAUAUGAAGAUUUAAUUGAAGUCGAUGGAUAUGCACCAUGGUAUGAUGGAUUUGAAUCCUUUUUCGUUAGACGAUUAAAAACUAGAAUUGAUGAUUUAUUUGCAAGACCAAUCCAUGGAGUUCCUGGAAGAUAUAUUAGUUGUUUCAAUAGAAUUAGAUAUGGAAAAUACGGUUACUUAUACAAUGGGACAUCAAAAGAAUGUUUAAAUUUGUCAAGUUAUAAUUAUUUAGGAUUUGCUCAAAGUUCAGGUAGUUGUACUAGUUUUGCAUUAGAUUGUUUAAGAGAUUAUGGUGUUUCUGGAUGUAAUCCUCGAUUAUAUUCAGGUACUGACCUACAUAAAAAAUGUGAAUCAGUUAUUGCUCAAUUUGUAGGCAAAGAUGAUUCAAUAAUUGUAUCACAAGGUUAUGGAACAAAUGCAAAUUUUUUCAUGUCUAUAGCUGAUUCAAAAACAUUGAUUAUAUCAGAUGAAUUAAAUCAUGCUUCUAUUAGAUUUGGUAUUCGUUUAUCAGGGGCUAUAGUUAAGGUAUUCAAACAUAAUGAUAUGAAAAGUUUGGAGAAAUUGAUCAGAAAUGAGAUUGCUCAAGGUAGACCAAAAUCUCAUAGAGCUUGGGGUAAGAUUAUAAUUGCAGUCGAAGGAUUAUAUUCAAUGGAAGGUACAAUUUGUAACCUACCUGAAUUAAUCAGGAUAAAAGAAAAAUACAAAUGUUAUUUAUUCAUAGAUGAAGCUCAUUCAAUAGGUGCAAUUGGACCAAAUGGAAAAGGAAUUUGUGAUUAUUUUGGUGUAGACCCUUCUAAAGUUGAUAUUUUAAUGGGGACAUUAACUAAAUCAUUUGGUGCUACUGGUGGUUAUAUAGCUGGUUCAAAACAAUUAAUUAAUAAAUUAAGAUUAGAUUAUAUUACACAAGGAUAUGCUGAAAGUGUACCACCACCAGUAUUAGGACAAAUUAUAUCUAGUUUAUCAAUUAUAAAAGGUGAUUUAAACCCACUGGAAGGUAAGGAAAGAUUGCAAAGAAUAGCAUUUAAUUCACGAUAUUUAAGAAGUGCAUUAAAGAGGUUAGGUUUUAUUGUUUAUGGAGCUGAUGAUUCUCCAGUUAUACCAUUAUUAAUUUUCCUACCUACGAAGAUGCCAAUAUUAUCAAGAACUUUGUAUGAAUUAGGUAUUGCUGUUGUUGUUGUAAGUUAUCCUGCUACUCCUUUAUUAUCCGCUAGAGUUAGAUUAUGUUUAUCAUCGGCAUUAACAAAAGAAGAUAUAGACGACUUUUUGGUUAAGAUGAAUAAUUUAGGAGAUACAUAUACAUUAAAAUAUAAUCCAAUUAAAGAACUGAUUGAAGAUGUACUUGCAAAUAAUACAGAAUAUUGUAAAAAUAGAUAG